UCCUCCUCCAUAGAAGUCCUGCGCACAGGAAGCGCAGAGCAGAGGGAGAAACUUUGAGACUCACAGCCAUGGCAGGUCGCAGCAGGGCAGCGCACUUACUGAGGCAGCUCGCCGGUGCGGCGUGCAGAUGCCCAGCUCACUCACAUAUGUAUUCUGCACACACCUAUCUUCAAGGUCCUGGCCAUGCUUGUGGGAGAAAAACUGACUAUGCCUUUGAGAUGGCCUGCUCUAAUAUCAGAUACGGAGAGGGGGUCACCAGAGAAAUUGGCAUGGACCUGCAGAAUUUGGGUGCACGGAAUGUGUGUCUGAUGACUGACAGGAACUUGUCCAGGUUGCCACCAGUAACAGCAGUGCUAGACUCACUGGCCAAACAUGGAGUGAAGUAUGAAUGCUACAACAGUGUGAGGGUGGAACCUACAGACAGCAGUUUCAAGGCAGCUAUUGAUUUUGCGAAGAAAAGAGAUUUUGAUGCCUAUGUAGCUGUGGGCGGUGGCUCUGUGAUUGACACCUGUAAAGCAGCAAAUCUCUAUGCAUGUCACCCGGAGGCUGAGUUUCUGGAUUUUGUCAAUGCACCAAUUGGGAAAGGAAAGCCAGUUACAGGAUCAUUGAAGCCUCUAAUUGCUGUUCCCACUACGGCAGGCACAGGAAGUGAGACUACAGGUGUGGCCAUCUUUGACUUUGAAGACUUGAAGGCUAAAACAGGCAUAGCGAAUCGGUCACUACGACCUACUCUGGGUAUGGUAGAUCCACUUCACACACUGCACAUGCCAGCCCGAGUGGCUGCCAACAGCGGCUUCGAUGUGCUCUGCCAUGCAUUGGAAUCCUACACUGCACUGCCAUAUAACAUGAGAAGUCCAUGCCCUGACAAUCCUAUCAGCCGCCCUGCCUACCAGGGCAGCAACCCAGUCAGCGAUGUCUGGGCAAGACAUGCCCUCCACAUGGUUGCCAAGUACCUAAAACGAGCGGUGAGGGACCCCAGUGAUGUGGAGGCACGCUCCAACAUGCACCUGGCAAGUGUUUUUGCUGGAAUUGGUUUUGGCAAUGCAGGAGUUCAUUUAUGUCAUGGAAUGUCGUACCCUAUUGCUGGUAAUGUCAAGAAUCAUAAAGCUAAAGGCUACAGUGUGGACCAUCCCUUGGUGCCACAUGGUCUCUCUGUGGUUCUCACCUCUCCUGCUGUCUUUGCCUUCACUGCCAGCAUGUGUCCAGAGCGCCACCUAGAGGCAGCAGAGAUACUUGGUGCUGAUGUUAGGAAAGUGAAGAGAAAAGAUGCUGGGUGUGUGUUGGCAGACACACUGAGAAACUUCUUGUAUGACCUGGAAGUGGAAGAUGGCUUGUCUGCAAUUGGCUAUGUUAAAGAGGACAUUCCUGCCCUGGUGAAAGGAACCAUCCCUCAGGAGCGGGUGACAAAACUGGCCCCCAGAUCUCACACUGAAGAAGAUCUUACUGAUCUGUUUGCUGCAUCCAUGAAACUGUACUGAACAAACCAUACUGGUAUUCAGACAUCUACUACAUACUUCACAAGUUGUAAAUGAAUUGCUAUCCCAAUUGCCACUUUUGUCUCAGAUCUGCUAUCGAGAAAUCAUGAGUAUGAUGAAAUAAAUAAUAUUUGUGUGACUAGGAUAACUGAUAGAUGUACCUUCUUUAAGCUUUUCAUAUCAUGUAAUUGGUGAAUUGUUUUAGCCUUCAGAAUCUACCACACAGAAGUGUUGUGUUGUUCAUGUAACAUUGAUUCCUCUAUAGCUUUUAACUGAUUUGGCUAAGUUCAAAUUGAAAAAAGGUGACACGUUGCUAGUGUUGGACAUGCUGCAGUAGUACUCUUAGUAAUGUAUUAAGUGGAAGUAUUGUUGCUGCCUAUUAAAUCUGUUGAUAUAAUCUGA